GCGCGCUUCAUCAUUCCGGGUGGCGCGCAUCAUCCCAGCCUCGCUUCUACUGUGACUUUAAGAUCCAUUUUUAUAUAAAUAUAUAAAUAGCUUCUUAUUCCGGUGCAUUGUAACAAACUGCAAACAUACGACCAAAAAGUCAAGGUUAAACAAAGGGAUCCACGUCCAGAAAGCCUCUGUUUAUUUCCCGUCAACAUGGUGAAGAUCAGCUUUCAACCCAUCACAGGACAAAAAGACGAGAGAGAUGGAGACAAGACGCAAAUGUUCAUCCCGCAUCCCGCAAACUUACCGCACGUGGAAGAGGAACUGGUCCUGCCUGUGGGACGGAAGCGCUCAUCUCUGAAUGGACUCUGCUGUCUGACAACUGCACUCAUUGUCUUUACCUGUAGUCUGAUAUAUGCUUCAAUAUAUAUCUACCGAUACUACAUCAUUCCUCAGGUUCCAGAUCAAAGUCGCUUCCACUGCCGUGUGGUGUAUGAGGAUCCUGUGUCUGCUCCGCUGCGAGGGUCCCAGGAGCUGGAGGAGAAAGUAGAGAUUUACUUGAAAGAAAAUUACGAGCAAAUCAGUGUCCCCGUGCCUGACUUCAGCAACACAGACCCUGCAGAUAUCAUUCAUGACUUCCACAGGGGCCUGACGGCAUACCAUGACAUCGCCUUAGACAAGUGUUAUGUCAUUGAACUCAACACCACUGUGGUUAUGCCCCCACGUAACCUCUGGGAACUUCUGGUCAACGUCAAGAAAGGGACUUAUCUCCCACAGACGUACAUUGUCCAAGAAGAGAUGGUUGUGACUGGCCGUGUUAAUAACAUGCAUCAGCUUGGCCGGUUUAUUUAUCGUCUGUGUAAUGGUAAAGACACGUACAGGCUCCGUCGUCGCACCUCACGCCGCCGUAUCUCCAAGCGCGAUGCACAGAACUGUCACCAUAUCCGUCACUUUGAGAACACAUUUGUGGUGGAGACGGUCAUUUGUGAGAACCCAUAGGCUGCCUGUCCCUUUGCCCCUCCCAUUCCUGAUGAGAUCACAUUGUUGGUCUGAGUAGCCACUCCCCUUUGAAAAUCACACUCUUGACCUCUGACCCUUCUUGUCUUUAAACCCGCUUUAUUCUUUCAUUUUGUAUUGUCUCUCUGGACGUAAUCUUUAAUCACAUUCAAUGGGAUGUAUCUUAAAUGCUUUUCACAGUAGCAUCUUGAAGUCUUGAUGAUGUGUGUCGUUUUUGCAUCACUAGUGAAAAAAGUAAAACUACAAAAUUACCAACAGAUAGUAUAGCGUACAAAAAUUCACAUCAUUGUUUGAGCUAAAGUUCAAGCAAACAUUUUCGUUUGGUGGUGCGAAAAGGACACACUUUAUCUUCACAAUUAUGAGAAAACAAUGGGCAUUAAGCUCAGUGUGUGUGUGUGUGUGUGCGUGUGUGUGUGUGUGUGUGUGUGUGUGUGUGUGUGUGUGUGUGUGUGUGUGUGUGUGUGUGUGUGUGUGCGUGCGUGUGCGUGUGCGUGUGCGUGUGUGUGUGUGUGUGUGUUUACACGCAUGCCUGCAUGCUCAUACAGUAUAUGUGUGACUAGUUGCUUGUGCUCCAUCAAUUGCCUCUUUGCUCUCAUAUACAGUAUAUUCGUGUUGGAUCUCAUGAAUAGGGAUGCACCUAAAUUUCAGCCAUCAGACGUGCUUCUGUGCUCAACUAGUAAUGCUAGCAACGCAAGGGUCAUGCGUUUAAUGCUCAGAGAAUGCAUAGACUAAAAAAUACACACUGUUUUGGCUGAAUGCUUAUAAUUUAAAUGAAAAAAAACUGUGCUAAAAAACAUUUUCAAACAUUAUAACAGAUUCUUUAACCCAGGAAAAGCAGUGUGAAUUUCAAAAGGCUCAUUUGAAUCUAAUGCAUUUCAUGAAAAAAUCUCUGAAUUUGUCUUCAUUUACAUUUUUUAAAAUAUUUUAACUUGGAAGUCUAUAUAUGAGUGAUUUUGAAGGUUAUCAUAUAUUUUAGUUGUAUUAAUGUUUUAGUUAUUCCCAACAGAGGCUCUUUUUAAAACGGCAUUCUGGCCCAACAUGUCCAGAAUUGUUUUAUUUUGGUGCAUCUCUGCUCAUGGAUAUUAUAAGUGAUCCUAAUGGCAGUUAAAGCGUCUGGUUAAAAAUAACAUUCGUGGUUACAUAUUUCUUUGCUUGCUUUCACAUCUUUGUAUCCAGUGCUUUGUCUAUAAUGUAACUGUAUUGCUCUACACCCACUUCCUGUGGCACUUUCUCAGCAUGCUUUUUAAGAGAGCAAACGCUUUUUUGAGGAUUGUCAUAUGAACGAAGCCUUAGGCCAGACUCAUGCCCUGGACUAAAGUACACUCAAAAGCAUUUUGUUUAUGUGUGUGUAUAUAUCAAAGUUAACAAAUCCUGUUCAGUUAAGUAAAGCAAACAUGUAAAUAAACCAAUAAGUCUGUCACAAAUGUCGUUUUAGUGGAUUCUCUUGUGAAAUGUCAACAGAUUAACAUCAGCAUUUUCACAAACAUGAGAAUCAGGGAUAUGUGAAUAUGAAUAUUUACAAUGAAAAUUGUAAAAAGCGCUAUAUAAAUAAAGU